CUGUUUCAUUCAAGCAAGUUCAGUUUAAGAAUUUCGAGUCUUCAGAUUACAAUUCUUCUUCUGUCAAAAAUGUGUUAUCGAAGAAUUAUUUUUAGGGUUUCCAUCAUUAGUGCAAUAUUGAGUAUUUCGAAAGUAUACAGCAUAAUUCAGAACUCAGAAAUGGCUUCCAUUCUUCAUCGACCAAUCAGAGCCUUGGCUUUUCCACCUUCUAGUUCAGUGGGCUUAUUUUUUGCAAUAGCUGUGCCGUUAGAAGCGCCAGACCAGUCCAUUUUUUUGUCGUACUUUUUUGAAAGUACUUAUCCUCUACCGACGAACUACACAUCUGACUUUGUUCCAUUAAUAGAAAGGAAGAAAAGGAGCAUCGAUAGAAAAACUAUUUAUGGUGCUAUAGAAAAUAAAUUCGAAAGUGCUGGAUUUUCUGGAAGAGAAUGCUUGUUAAGGUCGAUCUGUGAAACGUCCGAGCAGCCCCUGCGACACAACGGAUUCUUGGGAGACGUAUUUCAUGUUCUUUUCACACCUUCAACUUCGGAACGAGAGGAUCUGCCCCAGGACAUUGUUGACGCUGAACUAGUCGGGCGAAAUGGAUCCUGUUUGAAAUACAAUCUGCUCUGUCCCAUGGGACUCUUCGACUUGAUUGGAACCUUCAUGACAGAAUAAAAAAAUAAAAGAAACGAUCAAAAA